GCGCUUCUAUCAUUAGUCAUUUCAACUGCCGUUCAAAAUAUCAAGAUGGCCGCUUGGCGAGACACCAAGGAUUUCGGAACGAGCAGCAGUAACCCGUUUGAAGAGGAUGAUUUUGAGGAAAUUCAUUCAGCUGAACUAUCAAGAAUAAAACAUGAAAAGCAGCUUUAUGAAAAACGUAUGUUUGAUAGCACGCAAAGGUCAAUGCGGCUUAUCGAAGAGUCGAAAGAUGUUGCUUGUAAAACUGAAGAAGAACUUGCUCGUCAAGAAGAGUCUCUCUUGAGAACCGAAACAACUUUGGAUAAGAUUAAUGGUGAUUUGGAUGUUGCUGACCGACAGCUGACUUCGCUUAAAAGUAUUUGGGGUACUAUAGGAAACUAUUUUCGCAAACCAGUGCAAACAAAGGCGAUAGAGGUGCCACAUAAAGAGAAGAGAGUUGAAAAGAACCCCACAGUGACAACUACGGAAAAAAUUCGUCAACAAACAAAAGGGCCUAAUAUUGGAUGGGAGGAAAAGAAAGAUGUCUUUGGUUCGCAGCCGUCUAAUGUAAAUGUCCAACUUGAUAAGAAUUUGGACUCUAUGAUGUCAGGACUUUCUGAACUCAAGGGACAUGCUUUGUUGAUGGGGAAUACCCUCGAUAGGCAUGAUGACAUAAUUGAUCGGGUGACAUACAAAACGACAAGGGUAGACGACAGGGUGGAAAGUUCCAGCAAAGAACUAAGAAAAAUCUUGAAAAAGUGAAGCUGGUGCAAGUACACAAUAUAUGCCUGGUUGAUUAUCAGUAAUUUGUUUUCUUGUUCAAGAUUUUUUUCGUUUAAGAGGCUUUAAGUCUCUUAUACAGGCUCUAUGCAUUAUCUUCAGCAAGCUAAGAGCAAACUAGGGAAAGAUGAAUUAAUAUUCCACAACAAAAAGAGUAAAAUUGCAUCUAAAGUAACAUGACUGUCUUAAAUGUUCUCAAAUUGUAGCAUCAUUCUUCCAAUUUAACAAAUAGUGUUAAGCACCAGGGGGGUACUAGAUUAUGGUCUAACAGGGGGUCCAGUCAGGGUCAAAGAGGGUCAAAGCUAAAAUAUUAAAGAAUUACCCUCAAAUGGUAGUCUUUUUUGACAAUAACCCUCAUAUCAUAGCAUUAGAACAGAAAUUAUGUCCUUGUUGGCAUCCAUGUCUUUGUGAUCAACAGGUCCUACUUUUUCAAAUUGUUUUCCCCAUUGACUGUUAUUUAUUAAAUCUUGUUCAUUUAAGGAAAGAUAAAAUCUUGUUCAUUUUCUAUAAUAAAUUGCAAUCUAAACUAAGCAUUAUGUUAUUAUCGAAACUGGGUCAUUUAGUAGCCAUUUUGUAUGACCCUCAAAUCAACUGGAUCCCUGGCAGGCUUUUAGCUUCUUUUUUUUCCUGCUCACUAUGAAUCUCAAGAUGGCUUGGAGAAGUGGAAAUUGCUCCAUGGUAAUAAUACUUUUCACUUGACAUUGCCAUAAAAUAGGUAUUUUUGGAUGUUUCAUUUAGAUUGUCAAAAAUUAUACUUUAAUAGGUACCAUGUGUUAUGUUUUUACUUUUUUGAGUCAUUGUGAAGUUUUGCAGAAAAAAAGCGUAUUCAAUUUCAUUUUUAUACUUUGUAGAUUUGGCAACUACAUGUUUGCAAUAUAACUCCUCAUGAAAUCAGUAUUUAUCUAAGAGCAUAAUUAUCAUAGAAUAUUUUAAUGGUGUCUUUGACUCAAUGAAUGCCCAUUGUAGUAUUUGCAUUUAGUCCUAUGUAAAGGUAAGUUAUUUAAGUCAUGUUCAAGAGGUUCGCACAGCCUCUACAUAUUUACCUUCAAACUGUAAAUGACAUAUGGCAAACCCCCCACAGCCAAUGUUAGCUAAGCCCCUGCUUGCUCUCCUUCUUUCAAUUUUCCAAGCAGAGACCUUAUCCUCAUGCCAAUGCAUCCUAGUUUUUCAAAUAUAGGCCUAUAUUGCAAGCUAAACUAAUCUGUCAUUGAAUCUGUCAAACUAAUCUGUCAUAAAACUGUCAUUGAAGCAAACUUAUUGUAAAUUGUUGUAACUAUUUUUCAAUUUAAGUCCAGUUAUUGCUAAAACCAUUUCUGUGUUGCCUUUCUGUCCGUAUGAAAUCUUGAAGUAUGAACCAAAAAAUAUAGAUCUUUUUCACUUUCAAAGUUUGAGUCAAAAAUUAGAAAAAGUCCCAUUAUUUCCCAGUGUAAUGUUUCACAUAGCAACAUAUCCUUUUCAUGACAGUGUAUUGUGACACCAAUACCUUUGCAUGCUGGUUGGCACAAACAAUCAAUCUUUUUCUGAUAAAUGGACAGAAAUAUCAUAUAUUUUGCUGCAAAAGUUGCUGCUUGGAAAAUUGAUAGAAAAAUAAUUAUUGAAAUAUGCUGGAAAUAAAUUUAAAUUGAAGAAUUGUAAUAUUGAGCUUGCUUGCAUGUUAUUGAAAUGUUUUGAAAGCUAUUUAUUUUACUAUAUAAUAUACACUUUGUUUUCGUUAGAUAUAAAACUGUUAUUGCGGCAAACCAAUUUGUAAAUUGUUGUAACUAUUUUUCAAUUUAAGUUCAGUUAUUAAAAAAACAA